AUGCGAAGUUGUUGCUACUCGCAGCCUUCCCUCAGGUUAUCGCAACGAUCGCCGCAUCCUAAAAUCAUGAAAGUUACUUUCAAGACCCUUAAGCAACAAACAUUCGAGCUAGAACUCAAGGAAGAUGACUUGGUACGUGAAGUAAAGAAUCGGAUAGAGGCUGAAAAAGGACAGGAAUACAGCGCUGGGUCGCUAACUCUAAUACAUUCAGGGAAAGUUAUGGAGGACAGCAAGAACUUAGGUGAUUACAAAGUUACAGAUAAGGGGUUUAUCGUCGUCAUGUCGGUCGCAAAACCGCAAAAAGAAUCGGCUUCUGAUGACAAACCUAUGACGGCUGAUGCUGCGAAUCCGCCGCAACCGCUUACGGCAACUCCAGUUGUCCCACCUACAGUGGCCCCACCUGGCAUCGUUGGAUCUGUUGUGCCUGAAACAGCAACUCAGAACCUUAGUACUGGUGAGAGUGCCUUAGUUACUGGUGCGGACUACGAACGCGCAAUAUCUGAAAUCAUGAGUAUGGGCUUCGAAAGGACAAUGGUCAUCCAGGCUAUGCGGGCCAGCUUCAAUAAUCCUGACAGGGCGGUGGAAUACCUUCUCGCCGUUAAUCCGGACGGAUCACGACGUACGCUUCCUGGUGAAGACCGUUCUGUUUCCGAAUCAGCCGAAUCUGAAAGCCCCAUAAACGCGCUCACUGGCCUUCCACAAUUUCAGCAAAUGCGUGCAUUGGUUCAAGGUAAUCCAGAGCUGUUACCACAGCUGAUACAACAAAUCAGUUCAGAAAAUCCAGAAUUUUUACGGGUGCGUCUCCAUUCUACCUCUUUUUAUAUUGUCAUUACUGUUCGGCAUCAUUAG